AUGCGGGAAAUACCCUGGAGGGCUGGCUCUGUUUUAGGCGAUGUGGUCAGCACCUUGAACCACACCUACCAGGCACCUAAUUCUGCUCCCAGCGUAUUCUAUUUUGAAAAGUCAGGAUCUGAAGCGAAUUCUCAGACGGAACUACAUGAACCUCGCUGGAAGAAUGUCUCAUUCAGUGUCUCAUUUAUGACAGCUUUGCAAGCUGCUCAUUUCUGAACAGCUUUUUGCAUGGGAUAGAAGCAUGUUCUAACACAUAAGUUUAUUCAAAAGCAAGAAUUUUAAAAAUAAGAUGAAUGCCACAUUGUUUCAUAAAUGAGCCUGUUAAUUAAACCACAGAUACAUGUAUCAUUCCACAUCCUGUAACCAAUAAAAGCUGCUGGAGAACCAAA